AUGUCUGUUGCACCUUCGCCUUCCCGGACUUCCGUCAAAGAACUCUUUGAUCUAAAAGGUCGUUUCGCUAUCAUCACAGGUGCAGGCCAGGGUAUUGGCUUAGACGUAGCCCACGCAUUUGCAGAACAAGGUGCCAAUGUUGCGAUAUGGUAUAAUACCAAUGGCGCAGCUGUCGACAGAGCAGCAGAAAUUAGUAAAAAGUAUGGCGUUGUUUGCAAGGCUUAUAAAGUUGGGGUAACGGACGAGCAGGAAGUAAUCAAUGCUGUUGAUGAACAAAUCAAGGAGUUUGGAGGGAAACUUGAUAUCUUCGUUGCAAACGCCGGGGUGGCUUGGACGCAGGGUCCAAUCUUGGGUACCGACCCUUCGGACCCCAGCUCGAGGCCGGACAUAUCAUGUUAUGAAAGAAUUAUCAAGACAAAUGUCGACGGCGUCUUUUAUAGUGCAAGGGCCGCAGGUGCCCACUUUAGACGUCAAAACCUCGAAGACCCUUCGUUUCGAGGAUCAUUUAUUGCCACCGCCUCGAUGAGCGGCCAUAUCGUUAAUCUCCCCCAGCUUCAGGCUGUGUACAAUAUGUCCAAAGCCGCCGUGGUGCACUUUUGCAGGAGUCUUGCCGUCGAAUGGGCUGGAUUCGCGCGAGCGAAUAGCAUUUCCCCGGGUUAUAUCAUCACAGAGAUCGGUAACUUUGUACCGUUGGAGCAGAAGAAACAGUGGCAUGAGAAGACUCCUAUGAGACGAGAAGGAUACACCCACGAGCUGAAGGGUGCUUAUCUACUGUUGGCCUCGGACGCUGGUAGUUACAUGACCGGCUCUGAUAUUAUUGUCGACGGCGGCUACUGCUGCCCUUGA